UUUACUAAUCAGUGAAGCUGUUCAACAUCCGGCCGUGUCUCCGUCACUUCCUGUGAAAACAACACCACGUGUGUGAGGGAAUGAAUGAGCUAGCUGUCAGCGCUGUCCACGUGCACAUCCAAGGGCUUUAACGGCGAGAUUUACCGUUGACCGACCGACGUUUGUGUCCGUUUAGAACUCCACAGAACGCCGCUUCUGGAGCAGAGUGACUGUGCUCACCAUGAGUUUUGUGGAGUACUCAGACCUCAUUCAGGACGGGGACGUUGCCAUCGUCUACCUUGGCCAUGAAUCCAUGAUGCCAGUCAAGGUGCAGCAGGGCGGCCAAACACAGACUCGCUACGGAGUCAUUCGCCACUCCACGGACCUGAUCGGUCAUCGGUACGGGUCAAAGGUCACCUGCAGCAAAGGCGGGUGGGUUUACGUGCUUCACCCGACGCCUGAGCUGUGGACGGUCACCCUGCCGCACCGCACGCAGAUCCUCUACACCACCGACAUCGCCACCAUCACCAUGAUGCUGGAGCUGAAGCCGGGCUCUGUCGUCUGCGAGUCAGGGACCGGUAGCGGCUCCCUGUCCCACGCCAUCCUGCGCAGCAUCGCUCCCACGGGUCACCUUCACACGGUGGAGUUCCACCAGCAGCGGGCGGAGAAGGUGGCGGAGGAGUUCAAGGAGCACCGCGUGGACCAGCUGGUCACCGUCAGGAACCAGGACGUGUGCAAGGAGGGGUUCGGAGUAAGUGGGGUGGCCGACGCCGUCUUCCUGGACAUCCCCAGCCCCUGGGAGGCCGUGAGGCACGCCAAGACUGCUAUGAAGAAACAAGGAGGUCGGGUGUGUUCGUUCUCUCCGUGUAUCGAGCAGGUCCAGAGGACGUGCGAGGCCCUGGCGGAUCAGGGCUUCGAGGAGAUCAGCACCUUGGAGGUCCUGCUGCGUGUCCACGACGUGCGAACUGUCACCAUGCCGCUGCCGGACUUCGGCCCCGACCCCUCCGCUCCGACUCAGCCAGAGAAAACCCCUCCGAACCAGCAGGCCUCCGUCGCCCUGAAGACCACCACCCCGCCCAGAGAGAUCCCGGGCCACACGGGAUACCUCACAUUCGCCACCAAACCGAGAACCUAAAGUGAUUUUUCUGUGUUUGCAGCAGCAGGAAACAGGUCGUGGUUUAUAAUCGGCCUCGCUCCGUGUACAUUAAUAAGACUGUGAUAAUCCAGCGGGGCACCAGGCUCCUCCAGGUCCCGCCUGGCACCGCAGCACCAAGAGGAUUUACAGUUUUGUGUUACAUAAUUUUAUCCUCCUGUCACUUGGCACCGGUUUGUUGCUUGCAUCAAGCAAGAGUGAAAGAGUGACGGUGAUUUCAUUUGAGGAGAAUGUACCUUAUUGUACUUAACGUCUCCUCUUUUAUAUCAAACAAAUCAUGUUUAAUCGAUCUUUCAUUUGUUUGGGGAAGAAACGUUUUUAUUUUUACCCUUUUUUUGCAUUUUUGUAUUCAAGUUAAUACAAUAAAUGUGUGAA